AUGAAAAAAGAAAUUCUUUAUUUGCUUUUUCUUUUUCUUCUUUUCUCCCACUUCCCCACUCCUUCAAACUCAAUUGAUGCGGAGUUUUCCUUUCAGGAGAAGCUCGUCUUUGAUCCUUCAUAUCCUAUUGAGCCCGCGGAGAUAAAAAAGUUUCCCCAAAUUAUGGGGAGUCCUGCUUCUUAUGGAAUUCCUUACGACGAUUUGUUCUUGACAACAAAAGAUGGAGUUAGAAUCCACGGGUGGUUUUUGAAACAAACGGAGGUUGAAAAGGCCCCCACUUUCAUUUUAUUCCACGGCAACUACGGCCAUGUUGGGCUAACUCUCCCUCGCGCCCGUUGGCUGUACGAUGCGGGCAUGAAUGUCCUCGUCAUCGACUACAGGGGAUAUGGCCGCAGCGAAGGAACUCCUUCAGAGUCUGGGGUGUAUCUGGACGCCGACGCGGCUUUGGAUUUUGUUUUGAAGCAGCAGCAAAGCAGCAGCAGCAGCAGCAGCAGCAGCAGCAGCAGCAGCAGCAACGCGAACAAUAACAACUCCAACCUCAUCUCCAAGCAGCAAAAAGGUAAAAGCAGCAGCAGCAGCAGCAGCAGCAGCAGCAGCAGCAGCAGCAGAAGCAGUUUCAUCUUCGUUAUGGGACACAGCAUGGGAGGCGCUGUCGCCAUAGACCUCGCCAAAAGAAGAGGCAACGAGCUGACGGGGCUGGUGGUUGAGAACACCUUCACUUCGCUGCGAGAAGCAGCCGAAGACACUUACGCUGUCUUCCGGCUUUUCCGGUGGCUCGUGAAGGCCAUUCAGGUUUGCAAUUAA